AUGUUCCACCAUGCGCAGGUCCUGUUGUCGUUGGUUACGGUCAUCGUCGCUAAAGACAUCUCAAGAUCAAAACGUCAACUACAACCCUACUACAUCUGCGGUGGUUCCUCCAACGGUUACAUUUCUACAGCUGCUGGAUGCGGGAACUUUUAUAACGGUUGCGGAUCGAACUGCGGCGGUAAUAACUACGGAAUGAUCAUCCCUAACUCCUUCUACUCACCGUCCACGAAUUGUCAAAGCUCUUGUUCAAACAUCAAUUGUAACCAGUUCAAUGGACAGUACAUAAAUGGCCAAUAUGUGGCUACAGUGAUUGGAAGCAGUCAGUACAGCCCAUGUGGUAGCAGCUGUUGUUCUGGAUGGAACAAUUGGAACAGUGGAUUGCCCAUGUUCGGGAAUUCUAUAGUUGUUUCCGGAACGAACAACGGCUUCUAUGAUCCAUACGCAACGAAUUUGAACACAGGAACCAACGGCUUCAACCCAAACUACAUAAAUACAAACCCUCUCACACAGGUUGGACCUGGGCCCGUGAUCUUAGGCACAAACGUUCAACGGAGCCCCUCAGCAUUUACAGGAACAUUCAGCAAUGGAGUGCUGUUGUGUGGUGGUAGUGAGCCAGCUGGUGGUUCGUGUGCGGGUAAUGGUGGACAAUGUCCGAUGGGACAUCUUUGCAUGGCUGGCAACGUGUGCUGCCGUUGUGCUGUCGGUGCAAGUUCAGGCACCUGUUCUUCUGGUAGUGACUCGGAAUGUCCGAUCGGCUACUCCUGCUCGUCAACAUUAAGUUGUUGUCCGAGUCAGCUCAAUCGUGAGUUGGUGCUUACCAUGUGCAUAAAUGGCAGUUGUGAGGACGGCUACGAAUGUGGAAAAGGGAAUCUCUGCUACCCGACAAGGCUAUAG